GUUUGAUUUUUUUUAAUGUUUUAUAUGUAAUAAAAAGUAUUCGUCAAUAUGACUACAGAAGUUGUUUCAACAUUUUUUUGCGAAAAACCUUCAGCGUUGGAAAAUGAGAACAAAGAAGUCGAAGAUUUAAGUAUUCAGUUCCUUAAUUUGAUUGAUGAACUAAACAAAAAACUUGAAACAUUCCCAUUUCCAGCAGCUAUAAAAUGCAUUUAUAAUCCAACAAUAUACGCAAGACAAACCUUUGAAAUGUACGUUCGUAAAUACUGCAAUACAAAAAAAUCUAUAAUGUUUUUUGGGAUGAACCCAGGACCUUUUGGAAUGUCACAAACUGGCGUACCUUUUGGAGACGUGAGUUCUGUGAGAGAUUGGUUGGGUAUAGAAGGGCCUGUUGGAAAGCCACCCAAAGAGUUAGAAACCCGUCCUGUUAGAGGCUUUGAAUGUACUAGAACUGAGAUAAGUGGCAAAAGAUUCUGGGGCUUGUUAAAAGAAAUAUGUGGCACUCCUGAGAAAUUUUUCGAAACAAGCUUUGUCUACAACUAUUUAAAUCAGCAAUGGAUGAAGACAAACGGUUGCAACCUCACUCCGGGUGACUUCAAAGUAACUGAAAUGAAAGCAUUGUAUGAAAUUUGUGAUCCAAUUUUUAUAAAAGUUUUGGAACUGUAUAAGGUGCAAACAAUCAUUGCUGUUGGUAAGUUUUGUGAAACUCGAGCACAUAAAGCAAUUGAAGAAUAUCUACCAUCUAAAAGGAAAACUAUUAAGGUACUGUAUCUCCCACACCCGAGUCCUCGUACAGUCAACAAUAACAACUGGGAUCAAAAGGCACUUGAAUAUCUAGAAAGGUAUGAUUUAUUAAAGUAUUAUAAAGAUUGAUUAAUUUUUAUAUUCAUUCAGCAUCACUAACCAAUCUGGCAAGUUCAUUGUAACAAGUAGCAUAGCUGUGAAAAGCAGAUUAAGAAUACUCAUGG